CUCUCUUUUAAUUCGUUCAAUCGUAUUACAAGAGGCAUUCUUCACUCACCUAGGCCAUUCUCUCCAUCAAAUGGGUGAGAUUUUUCUUUCAUCGUUGCUUAUUCUCUUCUUGUUCACCGCCAAUUCUAUUGAGCUCGACUAUGAAGUCAGUACUCAUCAAGCGGCCGAUCGCGUGACCAAGCUUCCCGGCCAGCCCCCGGUAAAGUUCAGGCAAUACUCCGGUUAUAUAACGGUUAACCAGAGCCACGGAAGGGCUCUUUUCUACUGGUUUUUUGAGGCGCAGGAUGAGGCCUCAAAGAAGCCUCUUCUCCUUUGGCUCAACGGAGGUCCCGGUUGUUCUUCCAUUGGCUAUGGUGAGGCUGAGGAGCUUGGCCCAUUCUUGAUACGCAAGGGAAUACCAGAGCUUAAAUUGAAUGAGUUUUCUUGGAACAUAUGUAAGAUAAUUCAAACUAUCUCUUUUGAUUAACUUAAC